AUGUAUUGGGAGAAAUCUUCUGAUACUCACUUUGAUGUUGUUUAUAAUGCCAUGUCUAGGGAUCGUUUCACAAGGAUAAUGAAAAACUUACGUUGCUGUGACAACAAUGUUAUUCGUACAGAUAGUGAUAAAUUUGCGAAACUUAGGCCUUUGUUUGAUUUACUAAAUAAAAUUUUCUCAGACAUGGCACCUUUUGAACAAAACUAUAGUAUUGACGAAGCUAUGGUACCAUACUAUGGAGGCCAUAGUUGCAAACAAUUUAUACGCGGGAAACUAAUCCGAUGGGGGUAUAAACUGUGGGUAGGUGCAACUAGGUUGGGGUAUCUUUUUUGGUUUGACCCAUACCAGGGACAUUUUUCAAAUAUCCCAGCAUGUUAUAAACAAUUUGGAUUAGGGGCAAGUGUAAUUUUGAGCUUUGCUGAUGUUUUACAAUCGUGCUACCCAAACACUCAAUUUCAUUUAUUUUUUGAUAACUUUUUUUCUUCUAUCCCUCUUUUUCACGAAUUGAUUAAUAGAGGAUUGAAAGCUACAGGAACCCACUACCUGAGAACAAGGUAUUUAAAAAAAACAGAAAGGGGCACAUUCGUCUAUAAGUCUGGUCAACACAAGCAGAUCUUAGUCUGCAAAUGGAAUGACAAUAGUGUCGUAAGUGUCGCCUCUAAUGCGGAAACAAUUGAGCCGCUUCACAAAGCCAAGCGAUUUUCUCAACAAUUGAAAAGAUAUGUGUUUAUUGAUCAACCUGCUAUCAUAAAACCAUACAACGAAAAUAUGGGUGGAGUCGAUAGAACUGACCAAAAUAUUGGCUUAUACAGAACUUCGAUCCGGGGAAAAAAAUGGUAUUUUUCGUUAUUUUGUCAUAGCUUGGAUAUGGCUACAAACAAAGCCUGGCAGUUGUAUAAAAGUGAUGGUGGCGAAUACGACCACUUAACUUUUCGUAGAGUAGUUGCCAGAGGAUUAUUGGAGACGUAUAAAAGAACCGAAAAACGGGAACCUUGCCGUACUCCCAGCAACUAUAGAGAAACCUCGCGAUACGAUCGCAUUGAUCAUCUAAUUGAAUAUGAAGAAUCUCAAAGCCGCUGCACUAUUUGUAAAAAAAACCAAAUUUCAUUUGUCUUAAAUGUCAGCUGUAUUUACACCCAAAAAUAUGUUUUAUAUCCUAUCAUAGCAAAGUUUAGAUUCUUGGCAAAUAAACCAUUGUAA